CUUGCCGGCUUUUUAAAGAAACCUUCAGUAAAAUCACAGACAGGACAAAGUUGUAGGUGAGCACAUUAUGUACAAUUUCCACAAAGUGUCGCGACUAUAUUUAUAACUACCAUCAGUGUUUUAGUUUCUUUUUUAUUCGUGUGUUUUAUGUCCUUCCUGUUGUCGCGGAAAUGACGAACGUGUGUAUAAACUAGAGCAAAACAAGCACAUGUGAGAACAGCAUCGUGUGAUAGCGAGCUCUGCUUUAGAAGAACUUCACUGUCGACGUGAAGCGAGGCUUCGAGAAAUGAAUGAACCGGGACAUUAUCCCCCACCGGACUUCGGCUGUCCUCCCCCGAAUUCCAUCCAGCCCUUCCAGCAGCAGCCCCGCUCUAGCGGCUUCCACCCCAACAUGUGGAGCUGGAGCGAGACGCCCUCCGAGCCCAGCUGGGACUACAGCCACCAAGCGGGCUGGCAUCACGGGGCAGCGGCUGGUUUCCCACCAGGUCGCGGAAACUACCGACCUAAACGUCCAUACGGUCAAAACUGGCAUCAAAGGUGGAAACCAAGGUGGGAGACAGAAUUACGGAGCCUCCACCAACCAUGGCAAAAAGCAGAGAAAUAAGAAAGAACCAGAGUAUUCCCACUUUUGUGACACCUGUGACCGGGGGUUCAAAAACCAGGAGAAGUAUGAUGAACAUGUGUCUCAGCAUGUCAAGUGUUCUGUGCCUGACUGCAGCUUCGCCGCUCAUGAAAAAAUAGUCAGCAUCCACUGGAAAAAUAAUCAUGCACCAGGAGCAAAAAGAAUCAAGCUGGACACACCAGAGGAGAUUGCAAAAUGGAGGGAGGAGAGGCGCAAGAACUACCCAACACUUCAGAAUAUUGAAAAGAAGAAAAAAGUGAUGGAGGUGCGGGAGGAGACGGGAGGUGUUCUAGAGACAGCUCAGUUUGGACGAAUGAGAGGCAGAGGACGAGGGCGGGGUCGGGGUCGAGGUCGCGGGGGUUGGGGUAACAGAGGGUUCCAGGAGCGAUACCCACGAGGCCCUCACUCGUUGGUUAGCAAUGCUACAGAGAGACCCCCGCCCCUUUCCCAGCCCUGCAGGGACGGGGAUCCACUGGGAGCACUGGCCAGCAGUGACCAUGAUUCUGACCGAGAGGAUCCAGCUGCUGAGUCCAGGACUGGUGGCCUGGUUGUGCCCCCUAAACAGAUGAGCUCAGCUUUGGGCUCCCUGGUGGCAAACUACGGCUCCUCGAGUGAGAGUGAAAGUGAUGAAGAACCAGAGACCGCCCCUAUUCAGAAAGCCAAAGACCUUGUGGAAGAAAACCAGGUUCUCCUCAGCUCGAUACCAUCGAACUCCCGGGACAGAGGGCCUCACAGAGUCACAGAGACCUCUUCACAGGGAACGGAAACGAACAAAGUCCCCCAGCCUAACUCUGCUCCUCACACACCUAACAGCUGGAGAGGACGGGGGGGAAGAGGAGGCAGAGGAGGAAGGGGUGGUAGACACCAAGAUACACAGCACAAAGCUACUCUGCUUGAGAUGUUACUUGCCCCAGAUAUCCGCCAUGAGAGGAAUGUCCUCCUGCAGUGUGUGCGUUAUGUUGUCCGCAACAACUUCUUUGGCCUGGAGAGCAGACCAGCUAUCAGAGCAGCAGAACAUGAAGGGAGGCAGAAAGAGCCAUCAGAGGAAGUAAGGGCUGUGUCCCAGUCUGCCUCUCUGGUUAGUGGAGAGAGAGGUUCAGCACAAAGUGGAGCAGCAGUCUCAGAUGAUGCCGAUCAAGAGGACUCAGAAACAAGUAAAGCUGCUGUAGUUGACCAGUAUUUGCCACAAAACCUUCAGGACCGGGGUUUACUUACUGACCAGGUUUGCUCAGAACAAUCUGUGAAUCCUCCUGUGAACUCAGCAGUAAAUGAUGAGCAGGUUACAGAGGAUUUCAUCCAAAAUACUGAAGAGAGAACUGCCAGCGACUGCCACAGCCUCGACUUGAAGCUCACAGAUAGAAUCACACCUGCCUCUGUGUAUGAUGAUGAAAUAUGGUAAAGCCUUGGUGCUGUUUUGUGAAAUCCUAGCAAAAUAAUAACGUAUUGAUCUUUUGUUCUAAAACAUAAAAUAGCACCAAAUAUGUAAUGUACAAUAUGUGUCAUUAACAUUUUAUGUUAAUAUGAUUCUGUCCACGGAAAUUUGUUUUCUUUUUUAGGAAUCUCUCUUUAUAUGAAGUCAUAUUUUGUGACAUACUGUGUUCUGAACAAAGGUUUUUUUUUUGUGAAAUAAAUCACAUUAAUAUUGA